AUGGCUAUGUCAGGCGAGCCUAGAUGCAUCAUGAUCACUGCCCCAGUUCUAGGUGAGAACUGGGCCAAUAUCAGUGAUCCAGUUGAACGCCGAAGGGCUCAAAAUCGAAUCGCCCAACGAGGAUACCGAAAACGGUUACGCAAAAUGGAAGAGGAAGCCGCUCAAAAUAAACAGAACAAUAACCGAACCAAAGCAUCUGUCGAACCAGUGACUAGAUUGCCACCUUCACCUCCUGAAUCAAAAUUACCUCAACCUCAAAUAACAAAGCAAGAGCAAAUUCCUGCAAUUACUACACCUCCUCCAUCAAGACCAUCAUCACAACCAUAUGCACUUCCCCACCCUCAUCAAUCACAAACACCCAGAUUGCCGGAUCUGCAUCAAUAUAACCCACAAUUGGACCAUGUCACAUAUACAAGAAGACCCUGGACACCCUCAUCAAUGGAAGAAGAGGCCAACCAACCAAUCUUUCACAUGAAAACACCGCGCUCAGACCCUGUCUACUCAACCUCGCACAAAUUACCUCAAUCUUUCCACCCAUCAACGGAAACUGGUCUACUCUGCUCUCCUCCAGGUCCUCCAGUUCCCGCUUCGCUGCCAACUCCGCGCGUGAGCCCAGAGACUAGUGAUCUACCAAGGAGCGGAGAUACAUCCCAUGGACACACAGCCUUACACCGCGCUGCUUUAUAUGGCCACGAGUCCGUAUUAACCGUACUUCUGCAAGCUGGCGCAGACCCCACACUCCCAGAUAGUACAGGCUUGACACCGCUUCAUCUUGCCGCACAACAAGGUCAUGCACGAGUAGUGCAAUUACUACUUUCUCAUGGCCCCCAGCAUCAAGAUAUGGUCAGUCAGGCCACCAGUACGGGUGAAACAUCACUCCACCUAGCUGUUCGGGCCCAGCAACCUGCCGUGGCACGAGUAUUAAUUGAACAUUCUGCACGAGCGGUAAAUGAUCAAGAUUGGUGGGGACGUACCGCACUACAUAUGGCUUGUGAGUCGAACCAACAAGGACUGGUUGAGAUGUUAGUUCACGCGGGUGCGCAGCUUGAUAUUCGGGAUUUUGAGGGCCAGACACUCUUACACAGUGCAUGUAUGGCUCCUGGUUUAUGA